AAGGAGCUGCAGAGGCACAUCUUCCGGGACUAGGAUGGCCGAAGAGACGCAAUCGCCCUACGGCGAAUACAAGUUCGUCGCGCGCUUGGAUCACAUUAAGACCUUUAACCAGGCCAUAAAGUCCAUUUGCUUCAAUGAUUACGGCAUGUUGCAGGUGUCCGAAGAUGGACUGCGCAUCACCGUGGAGCAGGGCAAGUCUAUUCAGGCCACACUCUUCAUGCCGCCGGGCGCCUUCAAGGAGUUCUUUGUGCAGGACUUCCAGAGCUUUGGCCUGAAGAUGAAUGUGCUGUCCGAAUGCCUAAAUCUCUUCGGAUCCGCCGACUGCAGCCUGAGGAUGAUGUUCAGGGAUCAGGGCGAUCCACUGAGAAUAACCCUGUACCCCUACGAGGAUGAGGACGUGAGCACCGAGUGCGCCAUCAAAACAAUGGACUGCGAGGAACCCAUUGACUACGACAAGAACCUGAAGGAUACGGAUGUUAAUGUUAUUUUUGUUAGGGGACCGAAUCUAUCGAAAGUUUUCCACGAACUGGAGAAAUCGGCAGAGGAAUUUGAGUUUGUAACAUCGCCCGAUCGACCGCACUUCAAGAUCACCACCGUGGGAAUCAUGCAGGCGGUUUUCAGCGUCGAGGUGGCAAAGACCAGUCCCAUGAUGAUGAUGUUCAACUGCAAGGAGACGGUGGUCGCUCGCUACAAGAGCCAGCAGAUCCGAAUGACCAACAAGGCGAUGCAGUCGGCCACCAAGGUGGCCAUUAAAACGAACUCCAUUGGCCUUCUGGAACUGCACCUGGUGAUGCAGGGCGAGGGCCAGGAGGAGAUUUUUGUCCAGUUCUUCAUUAUACCCCUGCUCCACACGGAUUAUGCCUGAUUUCUUCGGCAGGUAGUUAAUAAAAUAUUGCUUUAAAUUAAUGUUAAAUCCCUUAAAUCGAAGGAAUGCAUUUAAGUUAUGGAUUACAAGAGUUUCCUCAAUGCCUUUACAAUUACUGUUUAUCUCUGCGGCAUCUUUAUAAAAUCUAUAUUAUAUAGUUAAUGCAAGCGGCUGAAUUUGUACAUAAUGCAAAAACACUUUCUAACAUUUGUGAUGCAAAAACACUUUCUAAACAGCAAGCUUCUCGAUAACAUGAGCUCCAAAUAUAAAGGUUAUCUAGGGUGAAAAGUAUAAAAAUAUAGUCCACAUUGAGGUAUAUAAACAGUGCGAUUAUGCUUUAGUCUUGCAGUUGCCUCGCCAAACUUAUACGCGCUACCAAUUGUUGAACUUAAAAUGCUUAAUCACACAGCCGUACUGUUCUUCGUUUUAUUGACUGGUAGUCAUUAUGGAUCCUUGGCAGGAUCUGAGGACCUAGAGAUUCAAAAUCCUUGGGACAACUUAUUCCAAAUCCAAAAUCCUUGGGACAACUUAUCAACCUUACUAAAAAACAUACCCAAAAAGACGGAAUUCCCGCCGCCAAAGUUUCGGCUUAUCGGCUCUAGGUAUUUCUACAUCGAACAACAAAUCGAACAAAAUUGGACCACUGCUGCCAGUACCUGUCGUCAAAUGGGCGGAUAUCUGGCCGCGAUUAAGGACGAAGAGGAGGCGCAGGCCAUCAUUGCGAGACUCAGUCCAUUUGUUUUCUACUACGUGGGCAUCAACGAUCACGAAAUAAAGAGAAGCUUUGUGUCCUUAGCCUCUGGCAAGCCAGCCUUUUUAAAGUGGAGUAAGGGUGAACCGGAUUACGUCUUUCAUGACCAGAACUGCGUUUCAAUUUUUAAUUUCAAUGACAAUGACGAAGGCCUGAUGUUGGGGCCUUGCUCCAACAAACAUAACUUUAUUUGCCAGGCAGAUGUCGAAAUUUAACAAAAUUACAACUUUACUUUAUAUAAUAAAAUGUUUAGUUAAAUAAGGAAUA